GCUACCCGCACAACGACGCACUGCUGUUUCAUGCGCCGCGGCCAUUUUCUUUGCCGUCACUUCCAUACAUCUCUUCUGCGCCCCACCCAGAUCAAACCGCGAUCAUCUUUCGUCAUGUCCGCUACUGACAAGACGGCCUCCGCCGCAGAGGCAGAGGCUGCUGCGGCUGUUGCCGCGGUGGAGAAGACCCACGCCAGCAAGGACUACUACUUUGACUCGUACAGCCACUACGGCAUUCACAUGGAGAUGCUGAAGGACUACCACCGCACGACGAGCUACCGAGAUGCGAUGUGGCGCAACGGGUACAUGUUUAAAGACAAGGUCGUCCUCGACGUGGGAUGCGGCACGGGCAUCCUCUCCAUGUUCGCCGCCCGCGCCGGGGCGCGCAAGGUGAUUGGCAUCGACUGCAGCAGCGUGGCCGUGCAGGCUCGCCAGAUUGUGCAGGAUAACGGCUUCGGUGACGUCAUCACCAUCAUUCAAGGCAAGGUCGAGGAGCUGGAGCUGGACGAGAAGGUGGACAUCAUCAUUAGCGAAUGGAUGGGUUACUUCCUCCUGUACGAGUCCAUGCUGAACACCGUGCUCUACGCGCGUGACCGCUGGGGCACGCCGGAGGUGAAGAUUCUGCCAGACCACGCCAACAUGUAUGCCUGCGGUAUCGCCGACCCCCAAUACGUUGAGCAGAAGUUCGACAUUUGGAAGAACGUCAGCGGGCUGGACUACUCCUACUUCAGGCGCCUCAGCUACAUCGAACCCCUCAUCGACACGGUGCAGCCGGAGCAGAUCACCACGGACAUCGUCCCCUUCUUUUCCUUCGACAUCAACAAGGUGAAGGAGGAGGAGCUCUCCUUCACGAGCACCUUCACGCUGGAGGCACAGCAGGCAGACAUGGUUCACGCCAUCUCCGUCCACUUCGAUACCCCCUUCAACGCCGGCCACGAUCCUGUGGUGUUGAACACGUCUCCGCUGGUGCCGCCUACGCACUGGCGCCAGACGGUGCUGUACCUCUUCCACCCCAUGAUCAUGAAGCGUGGGGAGAAGGCGAACUUUACGAUGAAGUGCGCGCCGAACCCCGGCAACCCGCGCGACCUCGACAUCGCCCUGCGCAUCGACUUUGACGGGGAGCUUCAGGCGUGCCACUACGAUCAGGACUUCCGUCUGCGGUGA